CCUAAAUUUAUUUGCUGUUUUAGGUGGGUCCAUAUUGUUUGUGCCCUCUACGUUCCAGGAGUGGCAUUUGGAGAUAUUGACAAAUUGCGGCCGGUAACGCUUACAGAAAUGAAUUAUUCAAAGUAUGGUGCCAAGGAAUGCAGUUUUUGUGAAGAUCCUCGUUUUGCCAGAACUGGAGUAUGUAUCAGUUGUGAUGCUGGGAUGUGCAGAGCUUAUUUCCAUGUGACCUGUGCUCAGAAGGAAGGCCUACUCUCAGAAGCAGCUGCAGAAGAGGAUAUAGCUGAUCCUUUUUUUGCUUAUUGUAAACAGCAUGCGGACAGGUUAGACAGAAAAUGGAAACGGAAAAACUACUUGGCAUUACAGUCUUACUGUAAAAUGUCCUUGCAGGAAAGAGAAAAACAGCUCUCACCAGAAGCUCAGGCUCGAAUCAAUGCCAGACUACAGCAGUAUCGUGCCAAGGCAGAGCUGGCUCGUACCACCAGGCCACAGGCCUGGGUUCCCAGGGAGAAGCUACCACGACCACUCACUAGCAGUGCUUCAGCCAUUCGCAAGCUUAUGCGCAAAGCUGAAUUAAUGGGAAUUAGUACAGACAUUUUUCCAGUUGAUACUUCAGAUACUAGUUCCAGUGUUGAUGGAAGAAGAAAACAUAAACAACCAGCCCUCACUGCUGAUUUUGUCAAUUACUACCUUGGUAAGGAUCAAAAUCGCAUAUUCUUCUCAGAGAAAAAUAAUCAUUUUCUAUGUGUCUAG